AUGGAGGCCGCCGUGGCGGCAUUGGAGGCAGCCGCGAAGAGGACUGCUCGAGCGGCAACAGCUGCGAAAGAGGCUGCGGUGGCGGCCUCGGCUGCUGCGACGGAGGCUGCAGGGGUGGCCUCGGCUGCGAAGGAGGCUGUUGCGGCGGCCUUGGCUACUGCAGAGCAGGCGGCGGCGGCAUCGUCGAGAGCGAAAGAGUUCGCGAUGGCGGCGGAGGCUGCCGCGAAAGAGUCGGCAGCUGAUGCAGCGGCGACCGCGGAGGAGCUGGCGGCGGCGAUGCGCUAUUCUAAGAAGCGUAGAUUCCAUCACGGCGGGAGUGGCGGCGGCAACCCCGAUGACGGGAGAAACCUUGAUCUCGUCAGCGCCUCUCCGACAAGGUCCUCGGCAGCAUCAUCGACCUGCUUCUGGAAGGAGCCGGCAGCUGCUGUAGCGGCGACCGCGAAGGAGCCGGCGGUGGAAACGCGCUAUUCUAAGAAGCCUAGAUUCCAUCAGAUCGACAACGGAGGGAGUGGCGGCGGCGGCAACUGCGAUGACGGGGGAAACCUCGAUCUCAUCAGCGCCCUCCCCGACGAGGUCCUCGGCAGCAUCAUCACCCUCCUCCCCACCGAGGACGGCGCCCGCACACAGGCCAUCUCUCGGCGGUGGCUUCCCCUCUGGCGCUCUGCUCCACUUAACCUUGUGGUUAAUUUUGAAAUGGGGUUGAAGCAAGCCAAGAUCAUCGGCUCGGUCUCGAACACGAAUAGCAAGCUCGUGGCCUCGGUCUCGAAGAUCCUCUCUGAGCACCGUGGCCCUGCCCGCCGCUUAUCGCUCAAGUUGAUCUGCGCAACCGAUAUCCCCGUGUGGGGCUGGGAGCGCAAGAUUGAGGAAUGGCUUCGCUCUCAAGCCCUCGACGGCUUACAGGAGCUCGAUUUCAACGAAAUUUCGGGCAUGCCCCUCUCCGUGUUCCGCUUCGCUCCCACACUCCGCUUCGCCAGAUUCAUCGUUUGCGGUUUCCCCAAAUCGAUUUCAACGCUGUGUCUGAAUUUCCCGUGCCUCAAGCAGCUCACCAUGUACGGGGUCUCCAUCACGGAGGAUGGUCUGCACAGCAUGCUCUCGGGUUGCACUGCCUUGGAAAGCCUUGAGCUGAAGCAAAUUUAUGGCAUAGGUGGUCUCUGCAUCAGCUCCCAAACUCUUAGGAGCUUUGCCUUCCACCGUGAUUACAGACAGAAUAUUUUGCAUCUAGUCAUUAAGGAUGCCCCUUCUCUAGAAAGAUUGCUACCGUUAAAUCCAUGCAGUGGUCGAGUGGCCAUCCAGGUAAUUUGGGCACCUAAACUGGAGAUAUUGGGUUUGCUAUCUAAAGACUUAUACAAAGUCCAGUUUGGAACAACGAUUUUUCGGAACAUGAUCGCUGUCAGCUUAACAACCAAAAUUGAAACCAUGAAGGUUUUGGUUCUCGACUCCAUUGGCCCUAGUCUGGAUGCAGUUGUUGACUUCCUCAAGUGCUUCCCCUGCUUGGUGAGGCUGUAUGUCAUUUCACAUCCAACAAAGGAUAUGGAUAACGCGAGGAAGUAUGACCCUUUGGAUCCAAUCGAAUGCCUUGAGCACCAUCUAAAAAAAGUGGUGUUAAUGAAUUACGAUGGCAACAAGAGGCCAUCUGUUGACUUCGCCAAGUUCUUUGUUCUGAAUACUAAAUUCCUAAAAGAAAUGGAAAUCGAAGUUCUUAACAACCGAAACGACAAAUGGAUGGCUAAUCAUCGCAAGCAGCUAUGUGUGGAAAAAAGAGCUUCUCGAGAUGCCCGAAUUGAACUGAAAAUCAGUACUAAGAAAUCCAACAUACUCAGCAUGGAUACCCAUGAUUUGUCAAUGUUUGAUCCCUUUAGCAGCAGGGCCUUUCGUUGAUAAUACAAGUGUAGUUGAUGCCCAUUCCCAAGAUUGUGAUGUUUUGUUGAAAGCACAAUAUUAUGAUCAACUCAAGAUUAAACCAGGAUUGAGGAGGUGAUGUAACUAGUUUAUAAGCUCGGGCAUCAAAUCGAAUCCUGGAAAGUGUAAGCUGCUAACAGAAGACUAGUUUAAGCUCCUUAG